AGAAAAUGGUGAAAUGUUAGGAAAUCUAGAGACCACAGGAGAGAAUGUGGUUGAUAUAGAUUCAGUAGCUUCCGGUUAUCAUUCAGAAGCCUCAUAUAUAUCCGAUUGCCAAGCGACUGACUCACCAUUUCGACAGUGUCAUUAUCAUACUUUAUAUCAUUUGUGA